CAUCACAUGAUUUGGCCAAAAUGGCGAGGACCAUGGAAGCGUUGUUCGUUGUUUUGACGGUGACAAUUGCAGCCACGUAUCAUGUUGAUGCUGCUAAGAAUGCAUCACUUCCCUUGGUCCUGUGGCAUGGAAUGGGGGACAGCUGCUGCAAUCCAUUGAGCAUGGGAAAUAUCAAGAAGGUUAUAGAGAAGAGAGUUCCUGGAAUCUAUGUGAGGUCACUGAUGAUAGGAGACAAUGUGGCUGAUGAUACCAUUAAUGGGUUCCUUUUGAAUUCAAAUAAACAAGUGGAUAUGGUGUGCAAAAAGAUUGCUUCUGACCCCAAGCUUCAGAAUGGUUACAAUGCCAUGGGCUUCUCUCAAGGAGGACAGUUUUUGCGUGCAGUUGCUCAGAGAUGCCCCACUCCACCCAUGAAUAACCUCAUCUCUAUAGGAGGCCAGCACCAGGGAGUGUAUGGCUUCCCCAGGUGUCCUGGGGACAACUCCACCCUUUGUGACUAUGUCAGAAAGUUGCUGGACCUUGGGGCAUAUGUCAGCUUUGUCCAGGAACGCUUGGUGCAGGCCCAGUACUGGCAUGAUCCUAUGAAUGAAGAUGAAUACAAAAAAUACAGCAUAUUCCUAGCAGAUAUUAACAAUGAAAAUGUUAAAAACCAAACAUACAAGACCAAUCUGAUGAAACUGAACAAGUUUGUGAUGGUGAAGUUCCUUCAGGAUACUAUGGUGGACCCCAAGGAGAGUGAGUGGUUUGGUUUCUACAAACCUGGUGAAGGCAAUAUUGCGUAUCCUCUGCAAGAGUCACAACUGUACCAAGAGGAUUGGUUGGGGCUCCAGAAGAUGGACAAGGCAGGAAAGCUGGUGUUUCUUAGCUCCAACACUGAUCAUUUACAGUUUAAUCUCUCCUGGUUUGAACAGAAUAUCAUUGACAAAUAUGUGAAAUAGGAAUGAAAUCCAUUUGUUUCUAUUUCAAUGUUAAAUACACAUCGAAAGUUGGUUGCCUCAAGUAAAAGCAAUGUGAAAAACAAGUGGACACUUGGACUGAAAUUUUUAUCAGUAUCGGAGGUCUAUAAAGAUUUUAAAACUUAUUUGUAUGUUUGUGCUGCAAUCUUUGCAACCUUUUUUUGUUUCAACUUAAAACAUUGCUUCACAACCAGUGAAUACCAUCUUCAACAAAUUAUUAUUUUUUAAAUUUGGUUAAUAUUUCUAAAAUUUGUACAUUAAGUUUAUUUGAAAUUUAUUUUGAAAUUUAUUGGCAGCCAAGGUAUAACAUACCAAAAGUUACACAUUUGCUCGAGUCUUGUAAUCUUUAUUAAUUAAUAAUCUUUCUAAAGUAUAUCAUUUUGAAAGGAUUAAAGAUGUUUUCUUGGGGUAAAUGUCUUUUGUGAUACAAGGAAUAUGAACAUUCAUUGUUAGUGUCAAUGUUUACAAUUUGUAAGUUUUUUACUGUGCAAUAGACAAUGAAGUCAUUUUUAAGACUAAAAUUUUGUAAAAAAAAAAUUAUAUACAUACCACCUGAAAAAUUAACACACUAAGAUGAUGCAGUUUUAGUUAUUCACUUUCAUUAUUCUACUGAUGACAUAUUGGAUAAUAAAAACUGAUAAAUUUGAA